AUGUCUAAAGAGUUAUUUGAAGAUAAUUUUUUUGAUGAUUUUUUUGGAGAAAAAUCGGAAGAAGAAAAUAUUUCCACGAAAAAUGCUAAAGAAAGUGUUUUGUCCAGUGCGAAAGAAACAAAACGUAAAUCAGCGCGUGGUCCUCGAGUGAAAUUAACUGAGACUGAGUUAUGCAGUUCGAAAGGAAUCUACGAACUAUUGAAAGUUUUCGAGCAUUACAAGCCUAAUUAUUCUAAAGAUCCUUAUGAAAAUUUACGCGAUAUGAUGAACAAAAUUGAGUUAUGGGCUCAUCAGUUACAUCCGAAAUUAAAAUUUGAAGAUUUCAUUCAACGAGUGGAAAGUCUUAGCUGUAAAAAGCGAAUAAAAGUGGAAAUGGAAAGAAUUCGAUUGAACAUGGCUAAAAAUGAAGACCAGAACGAAGAAAUAAAAAAUAAUGAUACAGGUGAUACCAAUAAUUUUUCAAAGAGCAAAGAGGACGUUAACGAUCUUUCAAGGACUGAAGAUGUUGUUAACGACUUUCCAAGGACUAGUGAAAAUGCCGAUAAUUUAUCGAGAAUUGAUAAGAAUAGAUUUAAAGUUUCGAGAGAUUCAAAUGGUUCUCUGUCUUCUUUUUCAGAUAUAAUAAUGGAUGAUGAUAAUAUAAUUGUAGAUACUCAACCCAUUUCAAAUAAUAGUGGGCCUUUAGCAACUGUUGAUAAUGAAUUAGAUGAAGAUGAUGCUCUCAAUUUUAUUUUUUCGAACAAAUAA